AUGGAUAUGAAGAAGCAGAUUAUGGAUGAGUCUGAGAGCUUGGGUUUCAACAAGUCCUUGACGCCUCCUCCUCCUCCACCGCUUCCUCCAUCAAUAGGUUAUGGAUCAAGAAAGGUUGAAGGAGAAAGCAUAACCAAUAAACAGAUCAAGAAGUUCUGGAGGCAGAAGCAGAUCGUUGAAGAGGAGCAUCUCUUUGCUGCUAUUAAGGCUGCAGCUCGUGUCAGGGCCCGUAAUCUCUCUGAUGAGGACUACAAACGCUUUGAAGAAAGCUUGGACAUAGAGGAUCCAGAAACUGAAGUUCAUGAGGGAAUUAAAGACUGGUGGAUGAAGAGUAAGUACGCAUACUUGAACCAGCCGGCUCUUGGAUCUGUAGAUUCACUCAAGAGAAAGAGGUUUUCGUCUUAUGUACCAAACUAUUUCUCAUUCAAGCCUUGCAUUCCUCUCUAUGCAACUUCGCUCAAUGUCUUUUAA